GACAUGUUGUGCGAUUAUACCGACGAGUUUGUAAACGAGCUCGUAAGCCAUGUUUGCAAGCUGGUCAAACAUCGCGGCAAUCAUCGAAUCGAAGCCAGGGAUGUAGAGUUCGUACUCGAUUUGGUUUACAAAAUGCCGUCAGCUCCUCGUGCAUCUGUUCAUGUAUUUGGAGCACCAGCACCGAUACGUCCCGACCGUAUCACGCCACAGCCCACCGAGGCGCACAAACAACGCAUGUUACUCAUCAAAAAAGUGGUGAAGAAACCUUGA